AAACAAACUAAGCUGGGCAUUGUCAAAGUUCACCGGGUUGGAGGUCAGAUUUCGAGUAAGUGGAGCGUGUUUUGUAAUUUCGGUUAGUUAGAGAAGAACUUUCAGAAUGGAUCGGCGCACGAAAUGCGUUUUCCUGCUAAUCUUGGCGAUUUCGUUGGCCAUGGCUUCAUCACCUUUAGACGCAGUUGCUAAAGGCAAUGCUGAUUUCAGCCGAGACUUCUUUAAGGAAGUGGCUCUUUCCAAUCAGGGAAAUAUCAUCUCUUCCCCGUUCAGCUUGCUGGCGGCCCUCGCUAUGGUCCACACUGGAGCUAAGGGCAAAUCCAACUCGUUGAUUGCCCAGGGCCUACACCUGCCCGAGAAAAAGGAGGAUGCUCUUGAAGGACUUCGUCAGUUGAUGGAAAAGCUGAGGAAUGUUGAGAAAGUGGAGUUGUCCAUCGCCAACAAGAUCUUUGUGAAGGCUGGUUUCGAUCUUGUUCCUGAUUACAUUUCCGCCUUGGAGAAAACUUUCAACGUUACUGCUGAAAAUGUCAAUUUCUUGGAAGCAGCUGCAGCUAGCACCAUUAACGAUUGGGUCAAGGUGCAGACCAAGGAAAAGAUCCAGAACAUUGUGAAGAGCAGUGAUUUUGACUCUCUGACCCGCAUGGUCUUGGUCAACGCCAUUUACUUCAAGGGCCCAUGGCUGAAGCCCUUCAUAAAAUCAAGCACACAAGAUCGUCCUUUCUACUCUGAUGAGACCAACAGCAUUGAAGUUCCGUUCAUGUACCAGAAGAGCUACUUCGAAUAUGCCAAGCUUGAUGACUUGGAAGCUCAGCUGCUGAUUUUGCCUUACACAGGCAAGGAACUGAGCAUGGCUAUUAUCUUGCCUGACAAGAGGACUGGCCUGCCAGAGCUGGAGAAAAAGCUGGCCACUGCUGACCUAGGUGAAAUCCUGCAGAAGGCCCACAACAAGGAGGUGGAAGUCUAUCUGCCCAAGUUCAAGAUUGAAACCACUCUGGAUCUUCAAGGUGUCUUGUCCAAAAUGGGAUUGGGACACAUGUUCACCAAUGAUGCUGACUUGUCUGGUAUCAGCGAGUCUGAGCCCCUGCAAGUUUCAAAAGUUUUGCAGAAGGCAUUCAUUGAGGUGUCUGAGGAGGGGACAGAAGCGGCUGCUGCUACAGGGCUAGAGGCUGCUCCAACUUGGUGUCCACCUGAUCGCAGCAGGACAAUUAUUUUUGAAGCUGACCAUCCUUACAACUUCAAUUUGAUCUAUACAAACAAGAAAUGUGCGCAAUCUCCACUAACGCCUAUUCUUGGGUCGCUUAUCGCAGCUGCCAAAAGUAUCGGAAGCUAAAAAUAAGAAGAGAGUAAAAAAUGCGCGUUGAUUUUUAUGUAAAUUCCCCUCGUCAAAAUGCACUGAUUUAGAUUUGUUACUUGAUUGAAUCUUGCUAUAGAAAGCCUAGGUAAUUCAAACUUUUAGUGGGUAUACUGAAUAAAUUUGUGCCUUCAAGUUAAAUGUAAGCAAUUAAGCACGAUAAAAUUAUUACAAGUUAAAGAUAGACUUAUUACUGCAAAAGCGUUGUACUACAUUAAAAAUUUUCACCUUAAAACUUAUGAAUUUUCUCUGUGGAAAAAUUCUUAAAUGUGCAUUUAGCUGAUUCCAAAGAAAUAUUAUUUCUAAUUUUUGGUCAACAGGGAUGAUGUUAAUUUGUGGCGCUGCCCCUAGCCCGCCUCGUCCUAGACCUAUUAUUUUUGAAGCUGACCACCCUUUCAUCUUCAGCUUGUUCUUUAAGAACAAAACACAAGAAAUCUCCAGUGGCCCUAUUUUUUGGUCGCUUAUUGCAGCUGCCGAAAGGUAGCAAAACCAAGAUAAGCAAGACAGCUAAAUUUUAAUAUCAUCGUUAAAUUUUUUUAAUGCUGGAUUCCUAUUCGCGCAAUGAUUUGAUCUUUUUUCUAUUGAAUCUCAUUAUGAAAAGCCCAGCUUUGGUGGGAAAACUGAAAUUGAUUCACGAAGUUAUAAAGUAAAAGCAUUUUCAUAUAGUAAAAUUAUUACAAGAUAUAUAUAGAUUUUUUUACUGCUAAAGCGUCGUGCCAAAUUCAAAAUUCUCACUUUAAAACUUUAAAAAUUUCUAUGAAAGAAUAGCUGCGCAGGUCAAUUUAAAUAUAUAUACUAAUUAUACACACACAUUAUAUAUCAUAGUGGUAAGAGCGCGCUAGAGCAAUUUUACAAAAAGCGCGUGCGCUCUUUUGCGCUCUUCGUUUUUCGCCGCAGCAAUAAUUUUUGAAUUAAAUUUAAAAAUUCCAACGAAUUUUCCACUUCUUUCCAGGUGAAUUAUUAAUUUUUUAUUUAAUUUAUUUUAACAUCCUCUAUUUUUAUAUAUUUAGGUCCUGCUCAGUCCUCUCACUCUCUUCAAAAAGAGAGAAAAAUAGGUUAUUUUUUAAGACUUAAGGUGGUCCUAGUUGCAUAGUCUUAAUACUAAAUGUAAUGCUCAUUGUCUGAUUAUUAUCACUAUAUUAUGUAAUUUAAUUAAAUUCUUUAAUGUUUGAAUUGGGCUUCUAGAUAAAAGCAAGUAUAAAACUUAUAAAAAUAUAUAUUACUUAAUUUUUUUUUUACUAAAUUGAAUGAAAAUUUUGUGUUCUGAAUGAGGAAAAUUUUAAAUAAAGAGGGCAGAGCGCGGGCUCAAAUUUUUCAAUUGAACGCGAGCGCAGUGUUCUUAUGACUCGGAGAGCGCGAUCGCAAGCAUAGGCAGUGAGCGCGAGCCCACUAUGAAUAUAUUAAUUAUAUUAUGUAUGACACUUAGGUCACUAUUUUACAAGUUUGUUGGUUCUUACACCCA